AUGGCAGAGUUGGAAGCGCCAGUAACGCCGGAAGCAUUCGCAGCAAGUGUAGCAACGCCGCAGCACAGGACCCAGGCCGCUGCGGCAGUGCUGAACGGCAAAAUUUAUGUGAUCGGUGGACAAAGACAUAACACUGGACCCCUAGACUCUACAGAUAUAUUCGACCCCUCCAGUCAAGGCUGGAGCAAGGGGCCUAGACUGCGUUGUGCAAGGCAGGGCUUAGCAGCUGCGACUCUGGGUGACCAGAUCUAUGUUACUGGAGGCAAUGAUGGCAAAAGGUACGUGCGCAGUAGUGAGGUCUUAGUGCCCAGAGGUGGAUGGGUGAAUGGACCAGACCUUGCUGUGUGCCGCGAGUUUCAUGCGUCUGUGGUGCUAGACAAUCGGCUCUACGUACUGGGUGGUUUGGAAACGGGAAAUACAUACAGAUCUGUUCAGGUCUUGAUAAAGGAAGUGCAAGACUGGACUCAAGUGGCCCCGAUGCUGGAGGCCAGGCACAGCCUAGCCGCCGCAGUGGUUGGCAACAAGAUUCUCAUCGCAGGUGGUCAGAGCCAUAUGACGAUCCUGAAAAGCAUGGAAGUUUAUGAUCCUGCCUGGGGCGCCUGGAGCUGUGGCCCAAGCAUGAGCCAGCCCCGAAACUCUCCUGCGGCUGCCACCUUGGGAAACUGCGUUUAUGUCAUGGGAGGCUGGGGUUCUUCCGACAGCAUGUCAUCUACAGAGGUCUACGAUCUCACGUCUGGCCGCCGGAGUGACGGUCCCAAAUUGACCGCCAGCAGACAGGAAUCGCAGGCUGUAGAGUUGGGUGGAUGCAUCUUCCUCAUGAAUGGCAAAGAUGAGGGCUCCAUGCCGCUGAACUCGAUGGAGGUGUUGGAGGGCAGAGAACGGAGGCUGAUGCAAGCUUUGGGCCGCAGCUGA